UGGAGGACUUCAACUUCAUCAAGCGCCCGCCCCCCGAUGGACUUCGCCUUUUCAGUUGCCAAUGCUGGUUGGAGUUUGGAAUCUGCAACUCUUUCGGUGACAGAUGGAAGGGCAUGGUUUGUCAUCCUCUUGCGGUUCAGGACCUUGAAGAGACGGAGACUGUGCAUGCUGGGAACCAGCAGUGUCAACUGAAGCAGUUGCCUGGGACGCACCUUGAACCGAGUGCACGCGUGUAUACAACACAUCUGAAGAGGGAAAUGACUGCAUGGACAGAAAAAGUACUGAGCACUUACAUUUUUGGCUACCAAUUUUUCAUUUCUCCUCCAGGAAGGGCCGGGGUUCAUCUUCACCCAACGCGACGGCAGGGACGUCUCCGGGACCCGGGGCGAGCUCCAGGGGAGGGCGAGCGCCGCGUCGUCGGCGCCGGCGCCCCGCCCCGCCGCGGGCACCAGGAGCCCCCUCGAGGGGCAGAACCCCUUCCAGCAGGGCGCCGCCAGGCUGCCGCUCGCGGCCCCGGCCAGGGCGGCGCCGCCCCUCAGCCCGGCGAGCAGCAACGCGGGCCUCAUGAUGGAGGUGUGGGCCUCCGUGGCCGCGUCCUGGCUGAUGCGCCCCGAUGGGUCCAGGGCCAACGCCGCCACCGGGCCGCCAGCCCCGGCGGGGUUCAUGGCGUUUCCCGGGACGCCGCCGACGCCGCGCCACCUCACCGCGCAGCCCCCGGCCGUCGCCGCUAGGUCUCCGCCGCCGCUGCCGCCACCGCCCUCGGCGCCGACCAGAGGAGGACCGCUGCAGAACGGCGACCACCCAGCGCCCACCAUCA